AGAUUGAAAGACAUUUUGUUCUGCUUAGAGGAUCACUGAACCGUGACCUAAACCACUAAGUGCAGCCUUACUGGCUAACAUAAACAACCCCAUUUUUUUUUCUUUGGAGGUAAAAAUAAACGUAAAAAGCGAGGCCAAAGAAUUAACGAGCAGAAACCACACGUGUGACAGAAUUUAUCAGAUUCACAUCAAUUAAAGAGAUUUUAUACAGCUCCGUGGACAGGUGGAAUUAUGUACGUUGCUGCUGAUUUGAUUUUGGACAAGUAAACUGAAUUGCCACCAAAAAUGCAGCGGAUAUCUACUCAAAAAAAUCUUCAUUUAAACGGAUUGAUAUUCUCCAUUACUCACCGCUUGUUGUUGAUGUUGAUAAUGGUCGCCGUCUGCCAAAGCCAGACUCCAUGUUACCAGAAUCAAACUUCCUGCGUUCUUCAGAUGACCAACAUGGUGCUGGACAAAAAUGCCUUUUGGUUUGGAAACAGCUACGUCACUUCCUGUCCUCCAGGUACCCCAGAUUUAGUCUGUUCCAACCCGGACCCCACAAGACUAUCACUGGCAGCACGAAUCUACGGCCUGAAUGACACGGACUCUAGCUUGGCCGGCAGGUUUCAGAAGGUCAAGCUAGCCAACGUCACAUUCAACGCCCCCAACGGAUCCGUGUACGCAUGUGGUCAUGACUUCACGGUUGACCGUCUAGACAACUUCCAGGUGGACCCACUUGUCCCGACACGCGUCAGCGGCUGGUCCGUCAACUUCCGGCCUGAGGUCACGUGGGAGAAGACUAGUAACCAUAGCACCGUCGUUGUCUGGGACGCUGGGUACCUGUUUCUGCACGCCAUGUACAUCAACUGUGUGAACGGGACGUUAAGCAGUUGUGUUCCAAUAGCUCCCUAUAUGGGACCGAAGAAUCCAUUCUUGAGAAAAAAUCCCUACCUGAUCCUGGUGUUUGAACAAACCCAACCACUAAACCAAACUCAGGUGUCCACCUGGCUGAGAGAUCACCGCAUCGCAAAUAAUCGGAUGGUGAUGGUGUCCAGUUUUCUCAGUAAUUUUAGUUCCAGUCUUGUUACAAGUCCCAGCCACAUGAACAUCAUGUCUUUCCCUGCCGACCCCGUGGCUAUCGAGGCCCAGAAGAACAUGAUCUUGGUCAACAACUGUCCUCAUUUGAUCUCACAGUUGCCAGUUCUCCACAACGUGUUUAAGGCUAGUGGCUACUACCCCAAACUAAGCGACAACACCACCAUGUCGUUAACCUCAACCACACCCUACGUCACCACCCUCACCACCAACAUCGACGUCACCUACUCGACGGAGGACUAUCAGGUGGAGUCAUGUUGUGAGAUCUACUCACUCACCCGAGGGAUGUUCACUGUGGAUCCGUUCAGCGAUCGUACUCAGAGACCUGGCAUGGUGAGACUUAAGCCAAGGGUCAAGUUGACCUCUCUCAACUUGAUGGCACAAGGAUCGAUUGCAGAGCACAUCUACACCCUGUUUGUCCUGGACGUGGCCGCCGCCCAGAACGCCAGCGCCACCAACCCUCGCUACGUCACCCACUGGCUCGUCACCAACAUCAAAAACGCUGACGUCAGCACCGGGGAUGAGGUGGCGGCGUACUUUGGUUCGAAUCCUUUCUUUUUCAACCAAGCAAGACCCUACCUGUACAUGCUGUUCCGCCAACCCGUCCCUACACUAAACAAUACGACAUUCAGUGACUUCUGUCCUAAUGGAACUUUGAGGUGUCAAAUUCAACUGGCACCUGUCCUCAAUGCCUGGAACCUUACAGAACUUGUUGGCGUCACGUGGUAUCUGGCGGAAGGAGACGGUUUCUCUAGAAUGAGACUCUACUCGGUAAUCAAAAGCAGACCCAAAGACCAGGUGUGUGCGGAUGUCCCAGGAUACGCCGAGCCCUGCCCCGCCCCCUGCAGCAAACAGACCAACACGGCGACCCCCGUGACCCCCAUCUACACCCAACUGUUCUUGUGUGUCUCUGUUGUGCUCUUGUUCCUUCACACGAGAUAAAUUUGUAACGAAAAUAAGUUGUUUAGAAAAACAUUAUCAGACAACAGAAUGUUUAAUAUAGAGUGAGAAAAUCAUUCAAUAUAUUUCCAAUGUUUAAGUCUUUUAACUUCUUAGAUCUAUAGAAAUGUUAACAAACAUCACCUUGUACAUCAAGGCGUAAAUAAUGUAUUAUAAAUAUUCAUUUUUUAUUUGACGAACAGUGCAUUAAUCCUGCGUGUUAUAACUUAAUGUAAAUUAUAGUUUAGUGUAAGAAUUUUUUUUUUUUUUUGCGUGUUAUAAAAUGUAAUUAAUUUUCAAGGCGUGACGGAUAGAAAUGUUUAUGCCAUUUUACGUGACAAUAGGAGACAGAGCACGAAAAACGUAUUGAACUAAGUAAGUCUUUAUAUAAAAUUCAAUAUUUGUUUAUAUUUUGGAAUAAAAUCUUUUAAUACUAAUAGAUUA